AGCGCUGCUGGCGGGGAGUCGCGCUCGCCGCAGCUGGAAACAUCUGCCCCGCCAGGCGCCCCUACCCCGACUCCAGCUAACCGCUCCCACUUCGCGCCUCUCGGAAUUCCAGAACUCGGGCGGCGGGCCCCCGGAGAACCGCAGCCGGGGCGAUGCAUUCGGUAGACCUCACCCAGCCGGGACGGACCUCCUAAUCUCCAGAACUGCGGGCCGCAGGGAGUUAAAUUGCUGCCUUCCUCUCCUCUCUUGCGGUUGGUGGCUUGUUUUCUAAAGGAACGUUUUAUUCACUUUUUAGCAUUUUCUACCGGGGGCACGCUACCCGCCGCGGUCCAGACUCUUGCUUUGUAAACGGGUUUUCUAUGUAUGUGUGUGUAGAUAUACUUUGGACACCUUGCAACGCUUGCGCCUCUCCGACAGGGGCACGGCUUGUUGUUUUGGACAUCCUUCUUCCCUUUCCACUUGGUACUCCGAACGCAGUGUGACCAAAGUCCCCACUGCCCCCUUGGACGCGGAUCGCCUGGGGGUGCAAGUUUGGGAUGCAAGAGUCUAGUUAACAGGAAGGCCUGGGACCGCCCCGCCCCCGCCGCCAGAGGUUGGGGAAGUUUACAUCUGGAUUUUCACACAUUUUGUCGCCACUGCCCAGACUCUUGACUAACCUUGUGGGCGCCGGGUUUUCAGUACUGCAGCCUUCUCAAAUAUUAGCACUGCCUCCCCGCGCCUGCCCUGUCCCUCCAGGCCGCCGAGGUCCUGCCCUCGCCCCGGCGGAGCGUGAUCCCGAGGGCGCAGUGGAGCCCGGGGCCUGGGGCCCGCGCUGAGCAGCUAUGGCUGCAGCGAUAGCCAGCUCCUUGAUCCGGCAGAAGCGACAGGCGAGGGAGUCCAACAGCGACCGGGUGUCGGCCUCCAAGCGCCGUUCCAGCCCCAGCAAAGACGGGCGCUCCCUGUGCGAGAGGCACGUCCUCGGGGUAUUCAGCAAAGUGCGCUUCUGCAGCGGCCGCAAGAGGCCAGUGAGGAGGAGACCAGAACCCCAGCUGAAAGGAAUUGUGACAAGGUUAUUCAGCCAGCAGGGAUAUUUCCUGCAGAUGCACCCAGAUGGUACCAUCGAUGGGACCAAGGACGAAAACAGCGACUACACCCUCUUCAAUCUAAUCCCUGUGGGCCUGCGUGUGGUGGCCAUCCAAGGGGUGAAGGCCAGCCUCUAUGUGGCCAUGAAUGGUGAAGGCUAUCUCUACAGCUCAGAUGUUUUCACUCCAGAAUGCAAAUUUAAGGAAUCUGUGUUUGAAAACUACUAUGUGAUCUAUUCUUCCACACUGUACCGUCAGCAAGAAUCAGGCCGAGCUUGGUUUUUGGGACUCAAUAAGGAAGGUCAGAUUAUGAAGGGGAACAGAGUGAAGAAAACCAAGCCCUCAUCACAUUUUGUACCAAAACCUAUUGAAGAAAAUUUAAUAGCAGCGCCCCCCCGCCCCCACCUCCAUCUUUUGAGUGUGGAAUCUCUGCCAGCCCGUGACAACUUAUUCCCCCAAACCAGUUGUGUAUGUACAGAGAGCCAUCACUACAUGAAAUUGGAGAAAAACAAGGGCGUUCAAGGAAAAGUUCUGGAACACCGACCAUGAAUGGAGGCAAAGUUGUGAAUCAAGAUUCAACAUAGCUGAGAACUCUUCCCUUCGUCCCGCUCUCAUCCCUUCCCUUUCUCCCCCUGUCCUUUACCCAUUUCCUUCCAAUAAAUCCACCCAAGGAGAGGAAAAUAAAAUGGCAACCCAGGACCUAGUGGCUAAGAUUCUGCACUCAAAAUCUUCCUUUGUGUAGGACAAGAAAAUUGAACCAAAGCUUGCCUGUUGCAAUGUGGUAGAAAAUGCACAUGCACAAAGAUUAGCACACCUAAAAGCAGAGGAAAAAAUAAAUCAAGACUCCACAAGCAUUAAAAUAAACUGUUGUUAUUAAUAGAGGACUAAUUGUAAUGAAGACAUAAAUAUAAUAAAGAUGAAAUAAAGUUAUUACCUUAAAGAAAAGGGUUUUGGAGAAUUGAACUUACAAAUCGAUGUAAUAUCCUAAAUGGCUUAAACUAUGGAUAAUGCUGUGAUGUGUGUUUUGAAUUUGUAUUUUCUUUGGGCAUUUGGAAUUGACACAAAUUGCAGUCUGUUUCCAGGAUUUUUACCAUAAUAUUGAACAUGUAUGAAGUACAGAUUCUUCUAGUGCCUAUAAGGUAUAUAGCCAGGGAUCAUUUAACAUCAAGAAAAAUUUUAUUUUAAAAUUUUAUUCCUGAAAUCAAUAUUUAAGACUGUUUUAUGCAAAGGAUAGUCAUAUGUUGAAUUUAGUGCUAUUAGCUGAUUUCAUUCCUUUCCUAACAAGAGUUUCAGAUUCUCCUAGAAGAAUAUCAUAUUUUUUUCAAAAGUAUUAAUUCAGGAGCUCAUUUUUUUUUUCUUUUAGUCACUUAGAAAACAAAUUCCUUGUUUUAAGAUUGAAGUAACUUUUAGGAAAUUCUUUGUUGUUGCCAUGCCUUGGCAGUGAUAUGUAAGUUAUGUGGUUUUACCAUUUGAUCUGAUUUUUUGUUUUUUUACUUUGUGGACACUUUUAAGAGUGUAGGUAAAUGUCUAGCUGUCUUAGAAGAGAGUUUUAUACCAUUUCUUGCAGCAGAAAGGAAAGAAAAGGUGUUUUACAUAAGGAAAUAAAUCUUAAUAAGUUGGUGCAA